AUGGCAACAAAUAUCCGAAAAACUCACCCGCUCCUUAAAAUCGUAAACAACUCCCUAAUUGACCUGCCAACCCCAUCAAACAUUUCAGCAUGAUGAAACUUCGGCUCACUUCUUGGAUUCUGCCUUAUUACUCAAAUUCUCACAGGAUUAUUCUUAGCUAUACACUACACUGCUGACACCUCAACAGCCUUCUCAUCUAUCGCACACAUCGCCCGCGACGUAAACUAUGGCUGGCUCCUGCGCAACAUUCACGCAAACGGAGCAUCCAUAUUUUUUAUUUGCAUCUACAUCCACAUUGCUCGUGGAAUUUAUUACGGAUCCUUCCUAUAUACAGAGACCUGAAAUAUCGGAGUAGUUCUUUUUCUUUUAACUAUAAUAACUGCAUUCGUAGGCUACGUUCUCCCGUGAGGUCAAAUAUCCUUCUGGGGUGCCACAGUCAUCACUAAUCUCCUCUCAGCCGUCCCAUACCUAGGAGAUACCCUAGUUCAAUGGAUUUGGGGCGGAUUUUCUGUAGACAACGCCACCCUCACCCGAUUCUUCGCUUUUCACUUCCUUCUCCCCUUCAUCAUCUCUGCAAUAACCGCCGUACACUUUUUAUUCCUCCACGAAACAGGCUCAAAUAACCCAACAGGAUUAAACUCUAACCUAGACAAAAUCUCGUUCCACCCGUAUUUUACUAUAAAAGACCUUUUAGGGUUCCUAAUACUUGCUUCUUUUCUCUGCCUAUUAGCCCUAUUUUCUCCUAAUCUUCUAGGGGACCCAGAAAAUUUUACCCCGGCUAAUCCACUUGUCACCCCAACCCACAUCAAGCCAGAGUGAUACUUCCUCUUUGCAUAUGCAAUUCUGCGCUCCAUCCCAAAUAAACUUGGAGGCGUACUAGCACUUAUAGCGUCGAUCCUUAUUCUUUUUAUCAUUCCGUUUCUUCACCGAGCAAAACAACGCACUAUAUCAUACCGACCCCUUUCUCAAUUCAUAUUUUGGUUGCUAACAGCAGAUAUACUUAUUCUCACAUGAAUCGGCGGUCAGCCUGUAGAACACCCAUUUAUUCUAAUUGGCCAAAUUGCUUCAGCUACCUAUUUUCUUCUCUUUCUACUACUCUUCCCCCUCAUCACCUCACUUGAGAACAAACUUCUCUAUAAAUACU